ACAAAAGUACGAACUAUUUUUUUCUACUGAAGCACGUGGCAAGGAACAUUGUCUGCUCGCUUCGGAGCUCUGAACCUCGCUUCCUGCUAGACAUGCAACUAAGCUUUGCUAAAGCGAAACACGCGGCCGGUGACGUCGUUAGCUAUCUGGAGAGCGACCUUGCCUACUUCUGGACGUGGAUCGUAGCUAUGCUAAAGGUCUACCAGAGCUUGAGACACUGCCUUGGUUAUGAUGUAGCACGUGAAAAGAAAGAUACAUCCGAGGAUGACAAAGUAUGGAGGACAUUGUGACGAAACAGCGGGCGUCACUCCUCUCAGAAAGACCCAACGCGGCUGUGACCUGCUGCGGAGCUGGUACAGACACAAACAAACCAGAGGCCAUUGGAGUGAAGAUGGAUAUGAUGAAUCACAUUGUGGAUGGUUACCAGUCCAUCGCCAACAUGAGCGAUAACCCGUCACGAUGGAUGUUAAGUACAGGAUGUUGCUGCUGCAACAUCAGCACGACAUCAUCCAGGACCUAGACGUGUCCUACAUACUAGACGAGCUCUACACCAAGAACGCCAUCACACACGAUGACUUUGAUCACAUAUUUUCACUGACGGACCGAGUAGACCGGACCAGAUACUUGAUAGAGACAAUAGUACAGAAUGGUAACAACGAAGUGUUUGAGGCCUUCGUAGACAGUCUGUCGAAGGACUACAGGUGGCUGUGGGAGAAACUGUCCGGAGAGAACAUCGAGCUGAUGCCUGCGGACUUUGAAGACAGCCUCAGCAGGGGCGAUGUACCCAGGCUGCCUGACCAUCAUGUGAAGAGAAUUGCCGUCCAACAAAAUGUAGCUGAGAAACUGAAGGCCCUGAUGCGACACAACUUCCUAGUGCUCCACGGAAUGUCAGGGUCUGGCAAGACGUCAGUGGCUAUCAGCGUUCUGAGGGACAACGCCGACCUGAUCACCAGCAACUUUAACGGCGUUGUCUUCUGGAUCAAUCUGGGCAACGCCAGGACUGAAGACGACAUUAUUGCUCAACAGAACAAAUUAUACCGGAAAGUGUCAUCGAUAUACGCGCAUAACUCGUACAUGAACUCUUCUGUGUCCAUGUCGAGUAUAGGAUCCAACGCUGACACCCAUUCACUAUCCAGUUACGACUGGAACUGGCAAGAACUGAGGGACAAAUUGAAGAGACAGUUCUCUGAACCAACGUUGAAAGAAGCCCUGUUGGUGCUAGAUGAAGUCAACGUGAAGAAAUGCGUGGAAGCUUUCGAUAUUGGGUGUAAAAUUUUGAUUACCACGCGAGAUACCGAUGUCGUGUCGAAUUUUCAUCCGACUAUUGUUAAGAUUGAGAACAAUUUCACAGAAAGAGAAACUCUAGAGCUGUUCGCCUCCUGCCUCGACGUUAAAGUCAACCAACUCCCGCGCCAAGCUAAGAAGUUGCACGAAAUAUGCAAAGGCAGCCCCUUCCACAUAGCCCUGAUUGGGGCGCAACUAGCCGAAAAUAAAGAGCGAUUCAAUGAUGAUCGUCGACAGUGGAAUUACUAUCUCAGUCGGUUGGAGAAAAAGGAGUUCUUUUUCUUAACAAAAAACAAUAACGACCCAAUGAAAACGAUAGAAGUCUGCAUCAAGUCACUGAAACCCAACGUACUGCCGCUAUUCAAGAUGCUCACAGUGUUGCCAGACAACGCUAAAAUAUCGGCUAAAGUCCUGAGCAAACUGUGGAACAAAGAAGUGAACGAAGUUGAAUCAAUAAUGAAGCAACUGCGAAGCAAGUCCCUUAUCAUAGAGAUUUACGAUCACGAUCAAAGGAACUACUUUUACGAAAUACAUGAUCUGAUAAUGAGUUGUUUACGAACAUGCUCAAGCGAUGAAGAAGUAAAGAAACUCCACGGGGAAUUCCUCAAAAGUUACAACUAUGACAACGUUAAUAAACCACCAGUGGAUAUUGUGGACGAUGGAUACAUAGCAUUUUACAUCGGCUACCACAUACUAAACACGAAGAAUUUAAACAAUAAAUGGCAGUUGUUUAAUAAACUAUUCUUGGAUUUGAAGUUCUUGGGAAACAAAGUGCGGUUGACCGGGCCGGCCGAUGUGAUAUUGGACUUGCAGAAAUAUGAGAACUAUAUUGCUGAUGAUGACUUUGAUAAAGAGCUGCUAUACAAUGUCAAGAGCUACUUGAGCACUCAUGGUAUUGAUUUAUACCGGUAUCCGUGCACAGACAUCGUCCAAAGUAUACUACAACAUGAAGUAAAAGGGAACCUGUACACGAAAGCCUUGCAAGUAGCCACCGAAAAAUGCGCCAAAAAUGAACUUUACUUCGAGUUUCUACAUGAACAAGACGUGGAAGAGAUCAAGCCGUCCAAUAUAGAUGUUAAAGAGAUCAUAACCUCUGUAUGUUUCCUUGGAGACUACGCUCUUGUUGGAACUAUGACUGGAGUCAUCAAGUUCUUCCAAAUAUCAACGAACAAGUUAAAGAAGGAGCUCCCCGGCAGUGGGUCGGCCAUCAAAUGGAUCGGCGCGUGUCCCGUCAACCCGCCCAUAGUGGCCGCGCUGUCGUACGACGCGCUCAUCAAGCUGUGGUACAUCGACGACUUCGAACAAGGAGACGCUGAGAGCGUUAUUGAAGAAGAGCCAGAAGAACCAUACAACAACAACUACCCAAGCAACGUGACCAUUCAACCGAAGCGCGGGCAUUUCAUCAACUGCAGAUGGGCGAAUAACGAGGAAGUCCUUAUAGCGCAUACGAGCAAACUUAUCAUCACUUACGACCCAACUGGGAAAGUUCUAAAAGUCGUCGAUUGCAUGGAAAGGGAUAAAGAAAUACUAUGCUGUAUACCGUGCAACAAAGAUAGAAAUGCGAUCAUAGCAACCAGUGGCACCACGCAAAGUUUAGAAGUGAUAGACUUGGUGACGAAAGAACGAAUCAUGGCUUAUGAAGAGACUGAUAUUUUGAUGGAUAUCUUGACCGUCCCGGGAACCAACAAGAUAAUAACACUCAAACAGAAGGAGGUAAUGGUGUUGGACUUCAAGCACAGUUCUGGGUUGACGCACUGGAACGUGUGUGAGUGCAAGAGGGUGAUAUCGAGUGACGACGUGAAAGAAGAUUUGACGUUUUUAUCCGUCGCCGUAAACAAGUCUGGGACGCUUCUAUUCGUUUCCACAGACGAUAGUCGUGUGAUCUGCGUGGAUCUGAAGACUAAUUUUCGGGUGUUUGAUUUAGAUAAUCGGAGGGGGAACGUGAUAUCUAUGGCUGUGAGCGAAGUGUUUGACGAUUUCAUGCCAGGGUCCGAUGUGCUGCUAACCGGCACGGGGACCAUAGAGAACACAGCCAAAGUAUGGUACUUGGAUGCCGCUUACGUGUCACAUACUACUAGGAAUGGCAAAACCCGUCUAACAACAAAAUUCGACGUGAGUUUCGUCCACACCCUGACCCCACAAACGCCCAUCAACUCCGCCACAAACAGCGCAGCACAGAGUACAUCAAAUACGCCUAAGAGACACCAAUCCUUCGUCAACCAUAGAGAGGUUGAGAAGAAGGUUGCUACAAAGACAAUGAGUCUGGACAGGCACUCGUUGAAACCGCUCGUGUUGAAGGGAAUACGACAUGAGAACGGAGAGGAGAGUUCACAGCCCUUGCUCGCUGUGGUCGACGAUAAAAACAAUAUACAGAUAAUGCGAGGGCGAAAAGUCCUUACAGAAAUACCAGCGAAAGUUGACGAACAGAUCACUACUGUCAAGAUAUCACCAUGCAACCAGUACAUUCUAUAUGGCCUUAAAAACGGGAACGUUAUCAAAUACACUCUCCGAUCUAAGGAGUCGAAAGCCAUAAUGGACGUGUACAGUCCAGUGCAGUAUUUGAACUUUGUCAAUGCUAACCUGUUAAUGGUAGCGGGGAAGAACAGAUGUCUGAUGGCGUAUAGACUGACCGAUGAUGGUGUUUGGAAACCUGAGAUGAUGCAGCCGGGAAACACGCAUCUUGGAUCGCAGGAGAUUUUGAACGAUAUUCAAGGCAAGAGAAAGAUCAACCCUUCAGAUCGUCUAUCGGAUUCUGGUAGUGAUAUAAGUGUGGGGUCCAAAGACCGGAUGUUUCCAAACGGUGAUUCCAGGAGUCUUUCUAAGAGCAGCGGAGUCGUCGACUGCUUCUGGGUACAGGGUGUUGGUCUUAUAACCGUGGAAAGCAACGCAACUAUAAAGCUAUGGGGCCCAGACUUGAAACUGAUCAGUGUGCUCAACGGGAGACAAACAGACAUAAGAAUAAACAGUACGGCGUUUCAGAAGGACCGUCUUGUUAUUUGUGAUGACAGUAAAAGGUUUCAGACAUUUGAACUAAGAAUCGGCGAUGCAAUAGAGCUGCACCUCAUUCAGGAGUACAAACUGAACAAUAGAAUCAUAUCGUGCGAUCUAACCGCUGAUGGAGUGGUGUUGGCCAUGGGUCUUGAUUCGGGCGAUGUUGUGCUAUGGAAUGUACGCGGCAAACGUCAACUCCACCUACUGAAGCAUCACAAAACGAAAGUCCAAUACUGUUCGUUCUCUCCGGUACCAGACCGUCUGGUCCGCAGCAAUGGUCUUAAUACGAGUCUGAACUCUCCCUCUUCGCAAAACGCCCAUCCACCUUCAUAUGCGGAAGGGGAUGAUGAACAACCGCCUUUAGUCUUGGUGACUAUGGCUUCGGAGAUCGUUUGGUGGAACGUCACGUAUUUGAUCAAGAUGAGGGCUAACAAGACUCUUUGGAGAAUCGGCUUUAACGUAGUGACUCCCGUCGUAAGUCCAAUCAGCGAUGUCGGUAGGAGCGAGCUGACGCCACAUAUGAGCAAUAUGAGCAUAGACUCGCCCCAUAACUUCUUCUUCGGUGACGUGUGCAACGCACAGGAAUGUUGGAAAGCUAAUUGGAAACGGAAAACAUACAAAGAAGGAUCGAAACGCAAGGAGAUCCUUGCGUGCAUCAAGCUGUCAGGUAUGAACGCUAAGAAGCUGUGUCACGACGAUAAAUUCUCGUGUUUCGUGACAGUCGACAACCCCGGAUACAUACACAUCAUGAACGUCAUGAAAACACAUACAUAGCAGUUGUAGUAUACUUACUCAACUCGAGAUUUUUCUUAUGAUUACGAGUUAUGAAUUUGGAUGAAAUGUUUUAUAGUAAAGUCCGAGCCACGGAAGAAGUUCCGCGACCGCGGCGCUGGUGUCUUCCUUAAUUGUUAUGACUCGUCAAUUAGUUCCAUUAAAAUCCGCAGGACUUCUUCCGUGGCGCGUUCUCUAUGUUCGUUUGACAGAGUUUGAACACCGAGUCGUUCAUUCAUUCUUUUAAGUUCUCUUUUACACAAAGUGUUGUUGUAAUCUUGAACACUUGAAACGUUUUUUUUUUUAAAGAACAAAGAAGUGAUCCUAAUCUGUCAAUCAUACAAAUACGUCAUCGAAUCUACAUUUGAGUCUUAUUUAGAGAACUAUUUAACAUUUCACAAUCAUAAGGAAAAAGAAAAAUAUCGGAGCAUAUAACAUUAAGUGAAACAGGUGCUGUGAUUGCAAAACAGAUAUUGCGCACAAAAUAAAACAUUGAACAAACACAAAAAAAUUCAAAACAAAAGAGUCUAAACAUUCUUUCACGCGGGAUAAACGCAUCUUAGCAUUCAUUUUAUACAAAUGUACGCUACCUGCAUUAAAUUCUAAAGAUGUCCAACUUAAAGUUGAACUACAUCUUGCUGCACCGCAUCGCACUUCCCUAUGCUUCUAUCCUCUUUUAUCAUUCAGAACCGUCUUCAGAUGCUAGAGCGAGAUAAUGCGACUGCAUGAGCGGAGAUUCGCUCCCUCUCUGACAAAUGUCGGUUCUGAGUGACAGAAAAAGAGAAGCAUAGGAAAGUGCGAUACGGUGCGGCCUCAUAAAGUCAAAUCCUUACUCUCUCUUUCUCAUAAUUCUGAUUAUAAAGUGACAAGAGUGAUAUAUGAACAUCAUCAGCCGUAUGACGCCCAAUGCUGGGCAUAGGCCUCCCCCAAGGAUCUCCACGACGAUCGGUCCUGCGCUGCCCGCAUCCAGCGGCUUCCCGCGACCUUCACCAGAUCGUCGGUCCACCUUGUAGCGGGCCUACCCACUGAGCGUCGUCCGACACGUGGUCGCCACUCCCGAACCUUUCCGCCCCAUCGGCCAUCGGUUCUCCUCGCUAUGUGUCCUGCCCACUGCCACUUCAGCUUUGCAAUUCUCCGAGCUAUGUCGGUGACUUUAGUUCUCCUGCGGAUCUCCUCAUUUCUGAUUCGAUCCAGCAGGGAAAUACCGAGCAUAGCUCUCUCCAUUGCCCGCUGAGCGACACCGAGCCUCCUCACGAGACCCAUAGUAAGCGGCCACGUCUCACUGCCGUAGGUCAUCACUGGCAACACGCAUUGGUCAAAGACUUUCGUCUUGAGACACUGAGGUAUUCUGGACGAGAAGAUAUUCCGCAGCUUCCCGAACGCUGCCCAUCCGAGUUGGAUCCGACGAGAGAUCUCUUUCUCGAAGUUGGACUUACCUAACUGGAUUAUUUGUCCUAGGUAAAUGUACUGGUCUACAACUUCGAGUGUAACGUUCCCAACCUGAACUGGAGUGGGUGCGACAUGGUCGUUGGACAUAAUUUUUGUCUUUGCCAUGUUCAUGCUAAGACCCACUCGUUGGGAUGCGUUACUGAGAUGCUCGAGCAUGGUGUUCAGGUCUUCCAGGGUCUCAGCCAUUAGGACUAUAUCAUCGGCAAAUCGAAGGUGCGUCAGGUACUCGCCGUUGAUGUUGAUGCCAAAUCCUUUCCAGUCCAGAAGCUUAAAAAUAUCCUCCAAUGCAGCAGUGAACAGUUUCGGAGAGAUGACAUCUCCCUGUCUCACUCCUCGCUGCAGUUGGAUCGGAUUAGAGCUCUGGUUCUGUACUCGAACUGACAUAGUGGCAUUUUGGUAGAGGUCCCUUAGCACCUCGAUGUACCUAUGGUCCACUUGGCACCUCUGAAGAGACUGCAACACCGCCCAGGUCUCGAUCGAAUCAAAGGCUUUCUCAUAGUCCACAAACGCCAAGCAAAGUGGCAGAUUAUACUCUUCGGUCUUCUGUAUAACCUGCCGCAGCGUAUGGAUGUGGUCUAUAGUGCUAAAGCCUUUCCGGAAACCGGCUUGUUCGGGAGGCUGGAAGUCGUCAAACCUGCAAGCGAGACGAUUCGUAAUGACCCUCGAAAACAACUUGUAGACAUGGCUCAGAAGCGAGAUAGGUCUGUAGUUCUUCAGUAGGGCUUUAUCACCUUUCUUGAAGAACAAGAUCACCUCGCCUCCGCUCCAUGCCCUCGGCGUUUUGCCCUGAAAUAUGACGGAAUUGAAGAGCCUUUGGAGGACUUUAAGUAUUGGCGUUCCGCCCGCUCUCAGAAGUUCUGCUGUGAUUCCGUCAUCUCCUGCCGCUUUGUUGUUUUUGAGUUGUUUGAGGGCCAUCCUAAUCUCGUACAGGCUGACGUCCGGGAUAUCUUCAGUGAACUGAACUGUAUAUGAACUGAAUACCCUAUAUGGAUAAAUACGAAGCAUACUGCCAUACGCAUUUUAAAUCGAUUAUAAACGUGAUAUGAAACUGUUGUAAUAACAUUAAAUAAGUAUAGUCUAAUUUCUGUCGAACAAUUUUAUUUAAUGUUGCUAUUUUAUAGGUAUUUUUACAGUUUUUUAAUGGUUGUACGUGAAAUAAAUGCAACGGAACGUUUCCUAACUUACAACGAUAUGAAAGUAAAUAAUAGAAGAAUCGAUAAAUAAGUUGAAUCAUCGAAUAUAGACGUAAUUGUAUAGUCAAAUUACGAACAAAAGUAGUUCGAUGCUAAGUUUCUAUGUUUCGGAGUUUCUAGUGCCAAUAU